UCCUCCUACACUGAAGAAAAAAGGAGAGAAGAAAUGGGCUAUGCUCUACUCUGCCAUGCUUUCCUCAUGACCACCUUAUUACUGGUGCAAUCCACCCCGCCGGAGGAUCCCAUUAAAUGCACCGAUAAUAACGCCACCCAAAACUGCACCGUCGCCAACUCCUACGGCGCCUUCCCGGACCGCGCCAUCUGCCGCGCCGCCGCGGUGGCGUACCCGAGAACCGAGGAAGAGCUCCUCGCCUUCAUCUCGAACGCCACCAAACAGAACCGGAAAAUGAAAGCCACGACCCGGUUCUCCCACAGCAUUCCCAAGCUGGUCUGCCCGGACGGCGACGACGGUCUACUCAUCAGCACGAAACUCCUUAACCGGACGUUGAAAGUUGACAACCGGAGCAUGACGGUGACGGUGGAGAGCGGGGUGAGUCUCCGGCAACUGAUCAGCGUAGCGGCGGAGGCGGGGCUGGCCUUGCCGCACGCGCCGUACUGGUGGGGGGUGACGGUGGGAGGAAUGAUGGGGACCGGAGCUCAUGGGAGUACGUUAUGGGGCUUGGGGAGCUCCGUUCACGAUUAUGUUGUCCGGGUUCGGAUUGUCACUCCGGCGUCGCCGGAAGAAGGGUAUGCCGUCGUCCGGCAGCUUGAAGAAGGUGAUCCGGAGAUAAAUGCAGCAAGGGUUUCUUUAGGAGUUCUUGGAGUAAUUUCACAGGUGACCCUUAAACUUGAACCGAUGUUUAAACGGUCAGUAACUUACGUGGAGGAAAAUGACACAAAGUUGGGGGAAGAGGCAGCCACGUUUGGAUCGCACCACGAAUUUGGAGAGAUCACUUGGUUCCCAAGCCAGGGAAGAGUUGUGUAUCGCAUUGACGAUCGUGUCCAAACAAACACGCCCGGCGAUGGUCUUAAUGACUUCUUGGGAUUCCGAUCCAUGUCUUCGCUUUUGUUGAGCUUCGUGAGGAUUUCAGGUCAAAACAGGACGAUUAUUUCGGGACAGAGAGGGAGUAGAUUUGAAUGAUUAAGACUUCAAAGAUCAAACCAGCACGGCAACACUCUCCAAAACUAGUGCUCUCAUCAUUAUGGAUAGGAUGGUGUAAUUAACAUUCUUUGUUUAGUUUUACUGUUCAUAUGUUUUCCAAAGUAUUUUCUGAGGAAAUGUAAAAAGAUAUUUGUUCUAAUACACUAAUUAUAUACUCCGUAUAUAUAUGUUAACUAUAAAACUCCAUCAUGAUAUCAAUAAUAUCAUUAAUCAUUUUUUGUAUCCCAAGUUAGGAUAAAGGAGAAGAAUGUUGUGGUAGGACCGUUACGGUCAAUAGGAUCGCUUAAUCACAUUACAUCACAUCAAUCAAAAUAUGAAUAUUAGUGGCUACGAUCCCAAUAUCUUUUAGGUCUGAGGCUGGGAUGUUGUGGCAUACAUCUUCACUACAUAAACAAGUUAUAAUUAAUUUUUUUACUAAUAAGUACUACGUAGUAGUAAAUAAUUAAAUACUACUACUUACAUAUAGUAUGAUUUAUACUCCCUCCGUUUCUGAAACAAGUUCCACAUUUGACUUCACACAUAUCAAGAAAAUAAAUUUGACUUUACUGUGGAGUGCACUGUUUGAACACUGUUUGACACUAUUCGACACUGUUUGACACUAUUUUGAUGUAGAUAAUUUGCCAAAUAAGGAAAUGUUUGAAAGUGGAACUUAAUUUUGAAUCUGCCCGAAAAGGAAAGGUGGAACUUGUUUCAGAAACGGAUGUAGUAUUUGUUUAUCCGGUUGAUUGUGUUACUAGUCUUCCUACUCACGAAUAGUCAAGAGUUGUAUUAGAUUUAAUAAACUUAUCAAUAUAAAUUUUAACAAAAUUUUCAUAUAUUAAAUGCUCAAUCUAUCUCCAAAUUUCCAUUAAACUAAUUAAUUCUAUCCCCUAGUAUUUGUAUGUAAUGGUUUGAUUGACAAACAUUUCUUAUUUUAAUUGCAUCCUUAAUUAUCAACCAUAACAGUCACCCAUUUAAGAUUAUUGUUUUUAGGUCAGGUCAAUCUUUUCAACAUGAAUGCAUCUAUUUGUUUGUGCAGAGGAAAAUCAUGAAUUAACCAAUGAUGCGAAUGGCAAGUGCACAGAUGCAGAUACAUCCUCAUUAUUCUUAAAAUUAACUUCUUAUGGAUUAACCAACAAUGGUGUUAUAUUCACGGGGUACCCUAUAAUUGGUUACCAAAAUCGGCUCCAAUCAUCUGGCACUUGCCUAGACAGUUUAAAGGAUGGAUUACUAACAGCUUGCCCAUGGGAUCCUAGAGUAAAGGGACUAUUUUUUCACCAAACAACAUUCAGCAUUAGCCUCUCAAAGGUAAAGGGUUUCAUACAAGAGGUGCAAAAGUUGGUGAGUUUGGACACAAAAUCUUUGUGCGUAGUGGGACUAUACAAUGGCAUUCUGAUGAGAUAUGUCACAACUUCAAAUGCAUACUUAGGGAAACAAGACAAUGCCAUAGACUUUGACAUUACCUACUAUCGAAGCAAAGAUCCCACGGCUCCGAGGCUUUAUCAAGACGUCUUAGAAGAAAUCGAGCAACUCGCGGUUUUUAAGUAUGGCGCCUUGCCACAUUGGGGGAAGAACCGAAAUGUUGCUUUUAUAGGGGCAAUCAACAAGUAUGCAAAGUAUGAUGAGUUCUUGAAAGUUAAGGACAAGUAUGAUCCUUCAGGGUUGUUUUCAAGCGACUGGACUGAUCAGGUUUUGGGUCUAAAAGAAGGAUUGACCAUAAAAAAGGAUGGAUGUGCUUCAGAAGGGUUGUGUAUAUGUUCACAAGAUUCUCAUUGCGCUCCAAGUAAGGGGUACUAUUGUCGAGCAGGAAAGGUGUACACAGAUGCUAGAGUAUGUGUCAAGUUAAGCAACGAUUCAUCAGAAUAUGCGAUUAAAUCAAUGUAAUUACUCAUAGAAAAAAGUCAAAAAACCAUAUAUAAUGUCAUACUUUGUAAAUUCAAAAGUUAAGCAACAAUUCUUCAAACUUUUCUAUAAAAAAAUUCCUUCAUAGGAGUAUACUAUUUUGUAGUAUAUACUACUUCAUCAGGAGUUCCAAUAAUGUUUAAGUCAUCAACUUAUAAUGAAAUUAUGGCAAAC